AUGCCUCGCCAUCUCAUCGAUGUCGUUCUGCUUGGCCUCCUGCCGUUGACUAUUUUGGUGCAUCUGUACUUGGCCCCUUAUACCAAGGUUGAAGAGUCCUUCAACAUACAGGCCAUCCAUGAUACUCUGAUUCAUGGCAUUCCAACACGCAAUGCUGCUGCCUUUUUCAACUCGCAUUAUGACCACUUUACAUUUCCCGGACCCGUGCCUCGCACUUUCGUUGGCGCUGUUGUCAUGUCCGGCUUGACCAGACCUUUGCAGAUUGUCAUGAACAUGCUAUCAUCAAAAGAUAUCCACAAGUCCACCUUUCAGAUUGCUGGUAGGACGACCAUUCGAGAUAUAUCCAUGUGUCUCAAAGCUAAUGUGUUACCAAAGNCAAGAGGAGUGCUCGGGCUGCUGAAUGCAGCAGCUCUCGUUCAGUUCAGGCGUGCAAUCGACACAGCAUACGGCAAAAUCGCAGGAAGGUGGUACAUCAUACUCCAAGCCUCUCAGUUCCAUGUCAUGUUCUAUGCAUCUCGCACCCUGCCCAAUAUGUUUGCGUUCAGCAUCAGUAAGUCUUGCCCUUUCAUCGAGCACCUUCCCACCCAGACUGACCGUAUCAGCGNNACCUUGGCAUUGUCCAACCUCAUCUCUGCUCAGGCAGUCGCAACACGCACACAANAAAGCUCCAAACGCAGGCGUCUCGCUCUCUACCUCCUUACCGCCUCAGGCAUCAUCUUCAGGUCAGAGAUAGCCAUCCUGCUGGCUAUGCAGACCAUAUACUUGCUACUACAGGGUCGAACUUCUUUGGUCAAAGAGGUCAUCCCUGCUGGGUUUUUUGGUCUUGUCAUCGGACUUGGUGUCACAGUCUCAGUGGAUUCUUACUUCUGGCAACGUUUCCCAUUGUGGCCAGAGUGGAUAGGCUUCGUGUACAACACCAUACAAGGCAAAUCCUCUGAUUGGGGUGUGAGUCCAUGGCACUACUAUUUUGUCAACGCCACACCUCGCCUUUUGCUGAACCCCAUCUCAUGGUCACUUUGUAUACCGCUGGCUCUGGUCAAUCGCGCCACCCGCAAGACGAGCUUGGACAUUAUGAUUCCGCUGCUCGCUUUCGUGGCGAUCUACAGUGUUCUGCCUCACAAGGAGUGGCGUUUCGUCAUCUACAUCAUCCCUGGCCUUACUGGUGUAGCAGCCGCAGGAGCAUCAUGGAUAUGGACUCGCCGGUCCAAGACCCUGCUCUACCGUCUCUUGAGUUUGGGUCUUGUCUGCUCAACCCUAUUGUGUUUUGCUGGUAGCUUUGGUCUGCUCUACAUUUCUAGUCUGAAUUAUCCCGGAGGUCAAGCUCUUACGCGUCUCCACGAGGUUGCGACCAAUGCCAAACCGGGCCAGACUUGGGUAUACAUGGACAACCUAGCUUGCCAGACUGGUGUGACUCGUUUUCUCGAGAAGGACGCCGGAUCAAAGUUCGUGUACGACAAGACGGAGAACCAAACAAUUCUGCUGGAUCCAGGCUUCUGGCAAAAAUUCGACUAUGUGCUUGCAGAAGAUCCAAAGCGCAUAAUUGGUAGCUGGGAGGUCGUCGACACCAUCUAUGGUUACUCUGGCAUUGGUCUCGGCAAAUUGGCUGCAGACCAGGAUAGUGCGCCUCUUCUCUCGACACGAAGCGGUAUCACCCGGCCUGUGAACAAGUUGCUGCACAUGUACAAUGAGGUAGCGCGUACGGCAGGCCAAAAGCUGACUGGCGGACGAUGGCCCAUCAUAAAAAUGGAACCAAAGAUCUACAUCUUGAAAUCACAGUAG